CAAGCAAAAAGCCCCAGAAAUAGAAAGUUUUCCAUGGCUUACGGGACGGGCCCAGAGAUGCACAAGCUCUGAGCUGCGGCGCUGCCUCAUUGCUCAGAAAAAUAAAUAAAUAACCCCGUCGAGUGGCAGCAGGUUGGGAAUGGGCAAUGUCAGGGUUUUAUCUCCGUGGGAGAAAAGGCCCCUCGUGGAAGCAGCACGCUCUGUGUGUGCCUGGAGAGCUCUGGAUCUCCUCUCCCAAGGAUGACAGACGGCAAAGCAGGAGCAGCCACUUGCUUUGGGCUCCUAACAAAGAGAAUUCGCAAAAUCUUCCGGCAUUUCCCCAAGUCCAAGCCUUGGUCCGAGGGGCUGCGGCCGCCCAGGAGGCAGAGCAGGGAGGUCUUGCUGCUCAGAGGUGCUGGGAGGGCUCUUCCCACUCCAGGAGGUCUGAAAGAGCCAGGAGGCAGCUGCCCAAAUGUGAAAAUCUGGGGCCACACAGGCAGAAGGGACGUUCUGGUGGCAGAUGCUCAGGUUGGUGACCUCUCUGGAAUUUUGGAUAACGUAAAAGUAAAUUUAAUGCUGUUUGAACGGCAGUUAAAAAUUAAAAGGCUCAGCUGGGCCAUUAAAGUGGAAGGAGGUUGUUUGCUGCAGUCAGACUGCAGAUACACGUGUCACCAGGAGUGCCGCAGCCUCAUCCAGCUGGAUUGCCGCCGGCCGGGGCCGUGCCAGGGCCAGCUGUCCCCAGAGAGCACCCUGCUGCCCCCCUGCAGCCAGAAUGUGACACAAACAGUAGAAGAAGAAAAGCCCGAGCCUCCGACCAUCCAGGAGAUCAAACAGAGGAUUGAGAAGUACAAUGCCAAGGUCACAAACUGCCUGUUGAUGAAGCUGAACGAGGAUGGGACGUACACAGGUUUCAUCAAAGUGCACUUGAAGCUGCGCCGGCCCGUGACGGUGCCCGCCGGGAUCCGGCCCCAGUCCAUCUACGACGCCCUCAAGGAGGUGAACUUGGCUGACAUGACGGACAAGAGAACCUCCUUCUACCUGCCCCUGGACGCCAUCAAGCAGCUCCACAUCAGCAGCACGACCACGGUGAGCGAGGUGAUCCAGGGGCUGCUGAAGAAGUUCAUGGUGGUGGAUAAUCCCCAGAAGUUUGCACUUUUCAAGGAGAUGCGGAAGGACGGGCAAGUGCUCUUCCAGAAGCUCCCUCUCACCGAGUACCCUCUGUACCUCCGGCUGCUGGCAGGCCCUGACACAGAUGUGCUGAGUUUUGUGCUGAAGGAAAACGAAACAGGGGAAGUUGAGUGGGAUGCCUUCUCCAUCCCAGAGCUUCAGAACUUCCUGAUGAUCCUGGACAAAGAAGAAAAGGACAAAAUCCAGCAAGUGCACAGGAAGUACGAGAGGUUUAAACAGAGACUGCAACAGACCUUGAAAGAAGCCAGAGGCAAACCUGGAUAACCUUCAGGAGGCACCAGGCAUCGGACUAAGCUAGAUACUGUUUUUGAAUGAAAAGACACUUCUCAGGACACCUUAGUCACUCUCCCUCUUCAUCCUUCCAUUAAGGACUUGGCUCCCAGCACCCCUAAAAUGAUCCUAUUGCAUUUUCUUCUUCUGAAACCUCUUUAUCCCAGGACCAGAGCCAGUCCAAGAACGGGAAGCCUGUUUUAAAACAGGUCAACAAACCAAACACAGCUGCUGGUUGGCUUUUCAGCUGCACCAUCCGAUGGAGAGGCUCCGUGGAAAAUCCUCACUGUUAAACCCAACAGGAACAUCUCCUGGCCAAGUGUUCUGAGCAGGGCAACACUUGCUGUUCGUGCUCCUCCCUCAGCUUGGCUGGUUCCUGUUCAGAGGUGCUCCAGCCCACGUGGCCCAGUUCUGGUUUUGCAAGGAGAGCACAGGAAGCAGCAGAGAAAGGGGAGGAGGUUGUUGCACCGAACCACGUGGGUGUUGCAGCUGUAACCAGUGCUGGACGGACUUGUUCAGGGCUAAGGUAGCCAGGGAAGUGCCAAGUUAUGACACCAAGGCAGCUGCAACACCCAAACAGGCUGUUGAUAAGUAUUAUUGAAACUUGGUAACGUUAAUUCCAGGAAAAGUCGUUCGUUUUGGUUCUGUUUGACUUCUAAUUUUGCAAAGGCGAAUUAAGGCAAAUACCCCUGAUGCUUAGCUAAGCCAGUAUUUUAUGAGUUUCCUGCUCUGUAGGAAUUGGCACUUAUGUUUUAGGAAAUUCUGUUUGAAAGGUGUAAAGAUGAUGGUUAGGGCAUAGGCUGAUGGUUCAGUAUUGAAUGUUUAGCAAUACAUCUAAUACAACAGAUUAACCCAGGAAAGCUCAAAACCCCUUCCCAAAUCAGGCUGCUUUUGAGCUGUGAACAGGUCUGGCACCGAGGGGGAGGAGCUCCAACCAGGGCUGGGGUGUGGAGGUGGCACCAAGAGCGUGUGAGAAAGCCUUAAGACCAGGAGUAAGGGAAUUAUUGACCUUGGAUGCUUUCUGCUCCCCCCCAUCCUGUCCUUCCUCCUGCCCCCCCUCCUUGCACUGCUGUCCAUGACACCCCUGUGCCACUCUGGGUCCUGUUCUCAGCUGGUGCUCACCCAGGGAGGUUCCCAGGUCCUGCUCUCUCCGUGGAGUUAGGAGAGGACAGCAGGUCUCUCUCCCUAUCUCAGGGCUCCCACUGGAUGCACACGCUGAGCAUCCCUCAGAAAACUCCUCGAGCUGGAGCCUCAGCUCCUGCCCUCACUCUGACCAGAGUCCUGCCGGUGCUGGUGC